GGAUCCCGGGACGCGGCGCCCCGGGGGUGGAGGGCGAAGGAACGCGGCGAUGGCCCCAGGGGAACUCUCGGGGUCCGCGGUCCUGGCCGCCGCUGUCUUCGUGGGAGGCACCGUGAGUUCGCCGCUAGUGGCCCCGGAGAUGAGGAAACAGAUUUACUGAGGCCUCACCAGGGUGAAGAGAAGUGAAAUGUCUCACGUCACAGAGGAGGGGAAACCGCAGCUAGACGGAUGUUCCUUCUUCAAUGUUCUCUAACAGUAUUAUGUGAAAUUGUAGGCACUGUAUGCUCAGCACCACAGACAAUGGUGGCAGCCGCACGCUGCACUCCAGAACAGAGACCACCCCGGCACCCACCAACAAUACUGGGAACGGACACCCAGAGUAUAUCGCGUAUGCGCUGGUCCCUGUGUUCUUCAUCAUGGGUCUGUUUGGUGUCCUCAUCUGCCACCUGCUUAAGAAGAAGGGCUAUCGUUGUACAACAGAAGCCGAGCAAGAGGUGGAAGAGGAAAAGGUUGAAAAGAUAGAGUUGAAUGACAGUGUAAAUGAAAACAGUGACACCGUUGGGCAGAUUGUCCACUACAUCAUGAAAAACGAAGCAAACGUUGAUAUUUUAAAGGCAAUGGUAGCAGAUAACAGCCUGGGUGACCCUGAAAGCCCAGUGACUCCCAGCACUCCUGGGAGCCCACCUGUGAGCCCUGGGCCCUUGUCACCAGGAGGCACCCCGGGGAAGCAUAUCUGCGGCCACCAUCUGCACACAGUGGGCGGUGCUGUCGAGAGGGACGUGUGUCAUCGGUGUCGGCACAAACGGUGGCACUUCAUAAGACCCACCAACAAGUCCAAACAGGGCCAUGCAAGGCGUCAGGGAGAGGUCACUGUCCUCUCUGUUGGCAGGUUCAGAGUGACGAAAGUGGAACCCAAGUCAAAUCAGAAGGAGCGGAGAAGUUUGAUGUCAGUCAGUGGGACCGACAGCGUCAAUGGAGAGGUGCCUGUGACACCUGUGAAGAGAGACCUAAGUGACACAGAGUAGCAGGGGUGACUUGAUUUGAAGAGUUCUAAGACAUUGAAGACUUACAAGAUAAGAUGUUGCCUGAGGAGUUUUUUAAAAUUUUUAUACAGUUUCUAUUGAGGGGCCCGCAGACAUGGGGAUAAAAGCUAAAAGGGAAUAUUUGUGCUAUGCUGGAUACAGAAUUCAGUUUGCUUGGAAACAAGUUUUGGGUUAAAAAGUCUAAUGGAAAAUUUAUUACAUUUCCAGUGAAGAAAAGAGCUCAUUUUUUUCAAUUUUUCCCAACCACCAUACCUCCCAAUGCCCCAUCCCUGGCCUUGGUACACCUUGCAAUUUUUCCAGCAUGAUCACUCUGUGCAGGGGAACUAUUCAUGUGCGGUCCAAGCUGAUGCGAGGGGGUGUUGAUGUGUGAGUGUGUGGGAGUGCGCACACAUACGCACACGCACACACAUCUGGGUGCACGUGCCUCUGUUCUCCCAACCUGUAGGUCUCAUUUUGCAGCUCAUUGCAAGAAGACCCUCUUGCACUUUAACUGUGACAGAAGAUAAAGAUGAAGCUUCUGUGGUGAACGGUGACUGCAGGUAGUCUGGUCUAGCCCUGAGAGAUCAGCCCCCCAGGAGGUCAUGGAGUCAGAGGGAACCGGAUGCCAGACUUUGCAUCUUGGACCCAGAAGUCAACAUUAACUCACCACCACUGUGCCACUCCUAGGUCGCUGAUAAAAUAUUGAGAAUAUAUUUUUUUUAAACUUGCACUAAGCAAUUCUUACUUAGUCCAUUGAAUAAAGGGGGACAAUAGUUUCAAGUGACUAAAAACAAAACAACAAAAUGCCUGUUUUGACGACCCAAGGCCAAAAGAAAACAAACACACCCAACUUUCCCUGUAAACUGGGCCCGCACCGUCCUCUGGCCUGUUUUCCUUCGGCACUUCCUAUUUCACAUCUUGCAACCGAGGCUUGUAAUUGAAAUGAUUCUUGAGGGUUACAUUUCCCUCGGAGCCUGGAAAACCCCACUUUUAUGUAUUUAUAUGUUUAGCUAUGCAGUGUACGAACCCCCGUGAGAACCAGAGAACCUCUCUGACCGUUGUGGGCGGGGGGCUGGGAGCCCCCACUUACAGGUGGGUUUCCAACCCCUGCCCCCGAGUCAGUGUUGGUGUGGUUGGUAUGGUGCCCGGGGCACUUUUGUUCUGUCAGAGAGAAAGAGCAUCUUUCUCAUUUCACCCCCCACCGAGGAUUUCCAUAAAAAUGUCAUUUAAGAUAUUUACUGUAAAUUUACUCAUUCCAUUCUGUUUCUGGCAUCAAACUACAAAUUUCCAACCUUUGAAAAUGAAUGGUAGGUCCAAUUUCAUGUGAAUUUUUUCUGAUAACUGAUAAGAGCUGUGUAUGUGUCCAUGUAUCUACACAGCGGACUGGGGGCCGACGGUAUGGAGAGAAAUUCCACUGACAUCCGGAAAGGAGCAGAAGACUUUUGGGGUGUGUAUUAGUGUAAAUACAAUAUGUGCAGUCUAGACCAAUAGGUUUAGCUUAAAAAAAAAACAAACAAACAUCAUUUUUGGCUUGAAAAAUACAAUGCCCUCAAGUGGUGAGGGACAAAUGUAAGAUAUUCUUCAGCUUUAAUUAUUUUUUAAUUUUAUUCAGGUCAGAGCACUUUUUUUAUAGCAAUACAACAGGCAAGAGAAUACUCAAAAAUAUUUAAAAUUGUGUUUAUACCAAGAGUACGUUUUAAAUAUUUUCUAAUACUUGAGCAAUUUUUGUCUGGCUGGCUUCCAAACAUGCCAAAAGUUAAGCAUUCAAUAUUUUAACACAUAAGCUUUUUACUAAUAAGAGUUCUUAAGUGUUCCCAAAGCAACUGAUGUUUACAGGGCUUGUGUUCUUCUUCCUUCUGUGGAAGGACGGGGGGUCCACAUCAAACUACUAUACAAAACACUAACGAUGGGCUGACUUCUGGUAUACUGAGUGGGUUGGCUACCACCUUGAUGUAAAAAUUUGUAAAGGAAAUUUUUCACCAUUUUGAGUGUCAAAUGUAUUUUUAACUGUCUGGUUUGUACUUUUACGACUUUUGUACUUCCAAAGCAGAGUUAAAAAUAAAAAUGUUAAACACGUUGUGCUGUU